CACACAGAGACAUUUACACCCGCUCAGACAGAGUGCAGCAGCAUGGAUCUGCCGUCGAUGGUGCAGCGCUCUGGCGAUACGCUAAUCGUGCGCAGCGUCGUCAGCGGCAAUCAGUUGUACAUGGAGCAGGGCCACAAGGGCAGCGGCAACAGCGCCAAUUCGCACAGCAGCAGCAAUGCAACGCCGCCGCUGGACACAGUGACGAACACAGCGCCCGCAGAGGCGACUGCGCUGGAGCAGCAGCUGGACAGAUAUCGCUUGCAGCAACUAUUGCAGCAGCAGCAACAGCAACAGCAGCAGCAGCAGCAGCAGCAGCAAGCAGCGGCAGCGGCAGCUGUUGUUAACAGCGUGCAGCAACAGCAGCAACAACAGCAACAGCAGCAGCACGUCGUGCUCUCCAUGGAUGCCAAGGAGGAGGGUCUGCCCCAGUGCAAGAUCAAGCGCAACUACAGCUGCAACCACUGCGCCUACUUCACGCAGAAUCCGCGCUACCAUCUGACGCAUCUGCGCGACGUGCACGGCGAGAAGAUUGUGAUAAACAAGUGCAAGCUCUGCCUGUAUGCCUCCCGCCACUUCCAGAAGCUGGUGCGCCACAUGAAGAUGGUGCACGGCUGCACCGACGGCAUACCCAGCGGCCAUGGGCAGGCGCGCGGCAAGCGCGGCAUGAGCCGGGAGGCGCGCAAGCGCCGGCUGGAGGAGAGCGUCGGCGUGAUGGGCGGCCAGUCGAUGGCCAUGUCGGUGCCGGACAUGCCCACGCUGGAGCAGGUGAAGCGCGAGCUGCAGCUGCAGGAGCAGAAGCUGCAGCGCGACAUCGAGGCAUACAAGCAGCGACAGCGCGAGGAGCAGCAGCAGCGUGAGCAGCAGCUGGAGCUGGUGUCCAACUAUGGGCGGCAGCUGCAGGCGACGCUGCGCGACCUGGACUUGCGCGAAUCCUACGAUCGUCAGUCAUCGCCGGCGGAGCCGCCGACGCCCUCGCCCAGCGGCUCGGCCACGCCGCCGCCGGCGCUGUCCUCCGGCGGCGAGGAGCCACAGAAUCGUCUGCUCAAGUGCAGCGCCUGCGAAUUCACCACGCUCUAUCGCACCCAGCUGCGCGCCCACGAGCUGGCCGAGCAUGGCAAGACCAAGUUCUUCCGCUGCGACAAGUGCAGCUAUGUGACGCACAUCAAGGCGCGCUUCAGCAAGCACGUCAAAUACCACUCGAUGCCGAUGAUCAAGUGCGUCACGUGCGACUUCCGCACGCCGUACAAGUGGAACCUGGACAGGCACAUGAAGAACCAUGGCGGCGCUGGCGCCUUCAAGUGCGCCGCCUGCGAUUUCACGGCCGACAUCAAGCAGUCGCUGACCGUCCACGAGAUGAAUCACCAUGUGCCGCCCGUGGGCAAUGCGGGCUCCAUUUGGCCACGACGCCAGAACAAGGUGGGCGCCAGCGAGAUGUGCGACUAUUUUCUCAGCGACUCCACCGAGCUGGAGGAUCAAUACAAUAACAACAAUCUGGACGAUGAUCUGGAGGAUGUCGAUGGCGGCGCCCUGAGCGGCGAGGAGCACUACGGCAAGCGCAGCAAAUACGAUGACGACGAAGAGCCCACCGAUCUCUCCCAGAAGGGUGGCUGCUCCUCGGACACGUCCAGCGUCGGCACAGCCACGCCGCGUGCCCUGCGGCCGGUGCCCAAUCUAAUACCCAUCACAAAGAGUCCCAAGGACGUGCUUAACCUUUCCAAGGAUACGAAUGCCUCGCGCAGUUCGCUCACCGAGAUCGCCUCAAAGUUCUUCAACGAGAAGGAAAUCUCCGAGAUGCUGGACAAGUCGGAUGUGCCACAGCUGUCGCCCGCCACGACCAUCGGCUCGAUGGGCUCGUCGCGCAGUCUGCUGGCCAAGAAGGGCGGCGGCUCCUUCUUCGACAAGCUGAAGACGGGUGCUCAGCACGAUAAUCUGAUCUGUCAGUGUGGCCAUGUGGCCAAGUGCCUGUCCGAGUCGAUCAUACACGGCAAGAGCUGCCAGUCCUCGGCUGUGGUCAUAGACGAGGACGAUGUGGCGCUGCAUGAGGACGAUGCCGAUGAUCGCUUGGAGAUCGACGAAGAUGACGAUGAUCGUCAGUCGCAUUCGGCGCUCAACUUGAGCGUCUCGGGCUCGACACGCUGCCAGCACUGUCGCCACCGCUGCAAGUCCUCCACCGAUCUGCUGCACCACAUGACCCAAUGCGCCGAGGUCAUACGCUGUGCGAACGAGAUGUACGACUCGAAUUCCGGCGAGAGCUGCGAGCGUCGCAACGAUCCGCAUGCCCUGCAGCAGCAGGCGGCGGUGCAGCAGCAGCGCGUCUGCAUUUGGAACAAGGCGGCCAAGGAAAUUGCCGCUGCGGUGGUGCAGCAGGACAAGGCCAAUCUGUUGACCAAGUCGCCGGGCAGCCAGGCGGCCAGCAACGAGGAGAACAGCUAUUAUGGUGUGGAAACAGCGCCCGGUUAUGGCGAGGUAACCAAAAAGAUGACGCCCGAGGAGGAGGCAGCCAACUCGUCACUGAAGAAGGUCUACAAGUGUCCGCACUGCAGCUUCUGGGCAUCGACGGCGUCUCGUUUCCAUGUCCACAUCGUUGGGCACUUGAAUAAGAAGCCGUUCGAGUGCUCGCUCUGCUCGUAUCGCUCCAACUGGCGCUGGGACAUCACCAAGCACAUUCGGCUGAAGACGAUCCGCGAUCCCUCGCACAAGACGGCCAAGGUGCUGAUGAACGAUGAGACGGGCCGGCGCAACUACACCAAGUACAACAAGUACAUCACCUUGAUGAAGGUCACCGAGGAGGAUGGCGAUCCCAAGCUGAUGAAGUCGGGCGAAAUGACGCCCAACCAGGUGGCCUCGCUGGCCUUCCUCAAGGACUACCAGAAGGUGGGCGUGGGCACUGGCCAUGACAUCACACUGGAGCCGGUGACGGCCAAUAAAUCGAAUGCCCUGGACGAUGCAGCCCUGGCGGACAAUCUAAUACGCCUGCCCCUGCUGGCGACCAUGAUGAAUGCGGCGAUGGCCACGCAGCAGCACCAUCAGCACCAGCAGCUCGAGCAGCAGCAGCAGCAGGAACAGCAACAUCACUCGGCCAUGAUAACGCCCUCGGUGACCAUAUCGCCAGUGAAGCGCACACAUCAAACGCCGCCCGGCAAGCCCACCGAUGAUCUCAUCACCGAGGUGCAUCAAGAGGGCAGCGAGAAGAAGACCUUCUACAGGUGUCGCAAGUGCAACUUUAGACAUCACAAUCGGGACGCUGUGCUGGCCCAUGUCAAGAUCCACUAUCAGGAGUCCAGCUACCCCAAGUCCAAUGCCGCUGUGAGCAGCACCUCGCCCCUGCAGGUGUCCGUCAGCUCCAAUCAGCAGCUGUACAUGAACAAAGUAUUUGCUGCCAUGUGCCUAUCGCAGACGUCGCCCACGACGGGCAACGGCUCAGCCGGCAGUGGUUCGCAGCCGCAGUCGCAGUCGCAGCAGCAGCAGCAGCAGCAACAUUCCCUCAUUUCGGCUGGACUGCUGCAGCGUGCCAUACAGAAGGCACAGCAUUCGCCCACGCCCAGUGCGAAUGCGCUCAGUGGUCUGGCCCUGGCGCUAGCCAGUGGCAAGACGAGCACACCCAAAGCCAAUGCCGCCUCCAUAUUAGAGCACGGUGAGCAGAAAGCGAGUCAAAAUGAGGCAAGUGCCGACAGUCUGACGUCGCCCACAAUCACCAGUAGCAGUAGCACAGCGAGAUCGCUGCAGGAUCUGCUCACAUCACCACGCACCCGACACGGUCUACACUAUGGUGCGGGUGCUUCGCCAGCUGCUACGGCCACUAAUCCUAAUUCAGCUAACAGUAACUCAAUUCUGGUUAUGGGUAAUGGCAGCAUCGGAUUCCGAUUGGAUGCGGCUGGCCACAAGAAAUCAUCGAGCGACGUUGCAUCAUCCAAUACACCCACCACCACCACAACCAACUCAACCACCACGAACAAUGCAUCGCCUAUGCCAGUAACUACCACUCCUACUCCUACUAUGUCUUCUUCUUCUACUUCUACUUCAACUUCAACUUCAACUGCAUUUCCAACUGGUGCCAAGUCCCUGGUUCAUAUGCUGAAUAAUACUAACCACAAUAAUAGCACCACAUCCAAUCUCAUUGACCAACCUCAUGCCCAUAACCAAGCACUCAUCGCUGGUGACGGUUACUACACAACACAGGCAACGGGUCUAACCCAUGGCCAACAUGGCCACCACAUACACGCUACUAAUCCCAAGUCCAACCCAGCCAUGUCAAUGUCGUCGUCGUCCUCGUCGUCGCUAUCGGCAUCGGCAUCGGCAUCGGCAUCAGCAUCGUCCUCAUCAGCAUCGCCGGCGUCUGUUGCGUCAUCGCCGCACUCGUCGCCGCCGCCAUCCUCAGCAUCGGCGUACUUGCCACAGAGCAUGCCCGGCCAGGGGACACGUUUCCAUAGCCAUAGUCCAGGUAGUCCCAGUCUGUUAACGAUGAACGAUACGGAUCGACGCGAUCCGUCGCCAUAUCGUUGUGGCCACUGCCAUCAGGUGUCGAAUUGGAAGCAUGUGAUCCAGCGGCACUGUCGCUUAAAGCAUUCCGGGGAUAUUCGGAUCGAGACCCUUGAGCGCAGCAGCAACGGCGGCAGCGCUGCGCCCAUUUACCGUCCGCAGGGCGCCGGCGCCAGCAACGAGUCUCAAGCACUCAACUACAACAGCAACAACAACAACAACAACAACAAGCCUAGCCAGAACAACAACAACAACAACAGCAUCAGCGGCCUACUGAGCAGCAAGCAGCUGGAGCAGCUGCUCCACUCGCCCCUCUCCGCCAGCACCGCAGCCGUGGUGAAUGCAGCCAACACGCAGCAGGAUCUGGAGGUGGCGGCCGCCUGCUGGGCCGCUGCCUAUAAGGCGGCCAAUGCCAUGGCCAGCGCUGGCAGCGCCGAGGAGCUCGUCCAGUUGCAGCAGAACGAUCAAAUCGAGAUCACUCGGCUGCCCUCAGCAGCUGCCAUCAACAGCGCCCAAGAUAUGUUGCCCAACAACAACAACAACACGAAGAGCAAGCAACAAAAGUGCCCCGUCUGUCCAUACAUCUCGGAGAGCAAGUCCCAGAUGAACUACCACGUCUCGCUGCACAAGCCCACGCAGUACGAGUGCCAGCUGUGCACCUUUGUCUGCGCCAAGAAGCAGCAUCUCAGCAGCCACAUGCGCAGCGUGCACCAGCAGCAGCUGGGCGCCGCCGCCGUUGCCGCCGCUGCCGCCACCGGAGCUGGCCUGGACUUCAGUGUGGCGCUGCAGCUGGCGGCCGCCAAGCAGGUGCAGCAGCUGCCCGCCACAGCGCCGCUGGCCAUCGAUCUGAGCCAAAUGCAGCUGGAGGAGAGCUCUGCCGGGGAGAUGCAGACGCAGCAGCUGCCGCCGGAAUAUCAAUAUAAGCUCAUCAGCUACUGUCCACGCUGUCCAGCUCGCUUCGCCCAGAAGCACAACGAUGAGCACAACGCCAAGCUGGAGCUGGAGCAGCACUUGGCGGCGCAUGCGCCCAGCGAGCAGGAGGCGGAUGAGUUGUACGUCUGCACGUACUGUGAGUAUCGUGCUGGCGCCGAGACCCUGCUGCAGCUGCAUCGGGCGGUGCACAUGUCGCACUACCAGGAGAAGUGUCAGCAACUCUAUAGGAACUGCAAGGAGGAUGUUGCCUAUCCGGCUCCCAAGCUGCUGCAAAUCAGCGGACCAGAGACCAUUUGGGUGGUGGACAAUGACCUGGGCGCCCAGCUGUUGCGUCAGAGUGCCUUCGGUGCGUCCAGCCCCAUCGGCAGCAGCUACGACGGCCAAAACUCGCUGCUAAAGAAGCAACUGGAGUCGGGCGGUGGCGGCGGUGCGGUGGUGCGUGAGCUGACGCCGCCACCCAAGGUCAAGGAGGCCGAAGAGGAUGCCGAUGAGGAGCGGCACAGCAGCUCGACGCCCUCGACGAGCGCUUCGGUGGCCACCAGUGACCUGGCCGCUGAUGCCAGCAGCGAUGCUGGCUCCCUGGACAUGCCGCAGUCGGCGCCAACGCCGCUGCGCUGCCAGCACUGUCCCUUCGAGACGCUGCAGCACGCGGAACUGCAGCAGCAUCUGCAGAAGCAUGCCUGCAUCAAUGAGCCCAGCGCGGAGGCGACGCAGUGCGCUCACUGUGACUACAAUGCCGUGGAGGAGGCCGAGCUGGACGAGCACACGGCAGUGCAUUUUAAUGCCAGCGAGAAGCUGAAAUCCGUGGACUUUUUCACUUGCUACGAUAAGCUGGAGAUCAGUGUGGAGCAGGACGCCCAACACUCCCAGGAGGCGGACAAAGAGCAGACGGAGCACAACAACAACCAGGACAAUGUACUCAAUGCCAAUGUGCAGCAACAGCAGCAGGAGUCAGAUGCCGAGCAGCCUGAGCAGCAGCAGCACGAGCCUGAAACAAAGCCCAGCACUAAGCUCAUUCUCUACAAGAAUGAUGGCGAGCUGAGCGUGAAGCCACCCACCAUGGAGGAGGAUAAGCAGCGCGUGGAGAAUAUCAGUGAUCGCCUGAGGCGACGCAGCUUACGUGGCAAUGCAGCGACUGCCACGCCCACAACGGCGUCAGAGCCGUGCGCGGAGGGAGCGGAUAAGAUGAUACUGGUCAAUGCCAAGACGGGCAAAGUCCUGUACCGCAAGUAGGCGUGGCCGGGACCAAACUAUAAUUAUUGUAUUUGACGUAUUGCAUAAAUGUUUAUGUUAUUAUUAUUAUUAUCAUUAUU